AUGUGUGACAGCGAUGAUCAAACUGACCAUGGACGUUCUGGCAUGGAUUUGACCGGUUUCUUGUUUGGAAACAUUGAUGAAAGCGGUCAACUUGAAGAUGAUGGUCUCCUUGACGGAGAGUCGAAGCGCAUGCUGUCCUCUCUUAAUCGGCUAGGUCUUGGGUCUAUGUUAUCUGAAGUGCUUGAACAGGAUGAACCAAAUGAUGAAGACGAAGAAAAAGAUUAUAGAGACAAAAGCCCUUCUGCUGUUGACUUUUUUGACAUAGAUGAUGUUGCUGAAGACUUGAAGUGUGAUGAAGUAGUUGGUAGCACUAAUGAAGACACACAAGGGGAUACACAAUUGGAUAGACAAUUAGACGAUACCAAAACGGGUGAAACAAAUGAAGAGCCACAAAACAAAGAAGACAGUAUAAGUGAUUGUCCACAGAGUGAACCUAAUAAUGAGAAUAACGAAGAUUGGAAGGAGAGUGAUUAUACUACUAAAGAGGAAGAGAAUGAAGCAGAACAACGGAAUAAUGAUGAGGGCUAUGAAGGAGAUAUGGAAGGCGACGGUGGACUUAUGCCACCUCCUUCAACCGUUCCAAAACAGAAAACGGACAAACCAAAAAAGUUGGAAACUCCUCUCGCUGCUAUGCUUCCAUCUAAGUAUGCUAAUGUUGAUGUCACCGAGCUCUUUCCAGAUUUUCGACCUGAUAAAGUUCUAUUGUUUUCGCGAUUGUUUGGACCAGGAAAAUUAUCGAGUCUUCCUCAAAUAUGGCGUGGAGUCAAGAAACGUAGGAGAAGAAAACGCAGUGGUAGCACUGGUAGUGACACACCUCCACAAAUGCCAGAGAAUCAAGAACCUCAAUAUGCCAGUGAUGAUGAAGAAAAAUUCCUGAAACCAAUGGAAGAGAACCAACAAUCGAAUGCCGAAAAUAAUUCACAAAACUCUGGAGAUAAAUCUCAGAGACCAACACCGGCGCAUUGGCGAUUUGGUCCGGCUCAAAUGUGGUAUGAUAUGCUCAAUGUUCCGGAAACCGGCGAGGGCUUUGAUUACGGAUUUAAGUGUAAGGGUCCAUCCUCUGAAACCGAAGACAAACCUAAAGAAUCUGAGGAAAACAAUACAGAAAAAGAACAAGAUUCUGAUAGCCCUGACAGUGGUUUCCCUGAUGACGCAUUUCUGAUGGUUUCACAAUUGCAAUGGGAGGACGAUGUUAUCUGGGAUGGCAGUGAAAUAAAGCAUAAGGUGCUAGCGCGUUUGAACAGUAAGAGUAAUGCUGCAGGCUGGGUGCCCACUUCCGUGAGCAGGACUGCUCAACAAUUCUCGCACCCGCGUCCACAACCACCCGCUCCACUACAGCCAAAACCACCAACCUCUACGCCGUCAUCAACAAACAACCAGCCAGGUGCGUCUACAGGCGAAGGAGAAGACAACACGUGGUACAGUAUUUUCCCCGUAGAGAACGAAGAAUUAGUCUAUGGUACGUGGGAAGACGAGGUUAUAUGGGACGCGGAAAAUAUGCCAACUAUCCCGAAACCGAAAAUAUUAACACUGGAUCCAAAUGACGAAAAUAUUGUUUUGGGCAUCCCCGAUGACGUAGAUCCGUCUAAAAUUACACGAGAACGAGGACCGGCGCCAAAAGUAAAAAUACCUCACCCGCACGUUAAGAAGUCUAAAAUAUUAUUGGGCAAGGCGGGUGUAAUUAAUGUAUUGCAAGAAGAUGCGCCCCCGCCACCACCGAAAUCUCCAGAUCGAGAUCCAUUCAAUAUAUCUAACGAUGUGUACUACCAACCGAAAUCCCAAAACCCACGUCUCAAAGUGGGCGGAGGUCAACUCAUUCAACACAGCACUCCGGUGGUGGAAUUACGAGCUCCCUUCAUACAAACCCACAUGGGACCAGCGAGACUACGCGCCUUCCAUCGACCCGCUAUGAGGAAACUUUCCUAUGGACCUUUGGCUUCGAACGGUCCCCAUCCAGUACAACCCCUGUUGAAACAUAUUAAGAAAAAAGCUAAGCAACGCGAAGCAGAACGCUUGGCUUCUGGUGGUGGUGACGUAUUCUUUAUGCGUACUCCAGAGGAUCUGAGUGGCAAGGAUGGAGAGUUAGUCUUAGUUGAAUUCUGCGAGGAACAUCCACCUCUCAUCAGCCAGGUUGGAAUGUGCUCCAAGAUCAAGAAUUAUUACAAACGAACUGCUACUAAGGACAAUGGACCAAAAUCAUUUAAAUACGGUGAAGUAGCCUAUGCACAUACAUCACCAUUUUUGGGCAUAUUAGCACCUGGAGCAACCCAGCCAGUUGUCGAGAAUAAUAUGUACCGUGCCCCAAUUUACGAACACACAUUACCACAGACCGAUUUCCUUGUUAUUAGAACCAGACAAGGCUACUACAUUCGAGAGAUUGACGCCUUAUUUGUUGCUGGUCAGGAAUGUCCUCUGUACGAAGUCCCUGGCCCUAACUCUAAAAGAGCUAACAAUUUCGUUCGGGAUUUUCUGCAGGUUUAUAUUUACCGAUUGUUCUGGAAAUCUCGUGACAAUCCACGACGUAUCAAAAUGGAUGAUAUUAAAAGAGCUUUCCCCUCACACUCUGAGAGCUCUAUACGAAAGCGUCUAAAGCUGUGCGCGGAUUUCAAACGAACGGGCUUGGACUCUAACUGGUGGGUAAUAAAACCCGACUUUCGAUUGCCAUCCGAAGAAGAAAUCCGAGCGAUGGUUUCGCCUGAACAAUGUUGCGCGUACUUCAGUAUGGCUGCUGCUGAGCAGAGGUUAAAGGAUGCAGGUUACGGAGAAAAGUUCAUCUUCACCCCCAUGGAGGACGAUGAUGAGGAAAUGCAGUUGAAAAUGGAUGAUGAGGUAAAAGUUGCACCUUGGAACACAACACGCGCUUACAUACAGGCAAUGCGUGGCAAAUGUUUGCUCCAACUCACAGGCCCAGCGGAUCCCACUGGCUGUGGAGAGGGUUUUUCAUAUGUCCGUAUGCCAAAUAAGCCAACGCAGCAGCCUAAUGAAGAACAACAGCCCAAGAGAACUGUGACAGGAACAGAUGCCGACUUGAGGAGGCUUAGUUUGAAUAAUGCCAAGGCUCUGUUAAGAAAAUUCGGUGUGCCUGAGGAAGAGAUUAAAAAACUAUCGCGAUGGGAAGUCAUUGACGUAGUGAGAACUUUGUCAACUGAAAAAGCGAAAGCCGGUGAAGAAGGAAUGACUAAAUUUUCAAGAGGAAAUCGAUUUUCAAUUGCAGAACAUCAGGAAAGGUACAAAGAAGAGUGUCAGCGUAUAUUCGAGCUUCAGAAUCGAGUACUUACAAGUACGGAAGUGCUGAGUACAGAUGAAGCCGAGAGCUCUGUCAGCGAGGAAUCUGAUUUGGAGGAGAUGGGCAAGAACUUGGAGAAUAUGUUGGCCAACAAGAAAACUACGGAACAAUUAUCAUUAGAAAGGGAAGAAGCAGAAAGAGCGGAACUGAGGAAAAUGAUUCUAGGACAGUCUGAAAAGAAACCGCAGAUCAAUCAAAAUGAUCAGCAGCAGACUUCAAAUCAAGGACGUGUAUUACGUAUCGUUCGUACGUUCCGUAACGCUUCUGGGCAGCGGUACACUCGAGUGGAGUUAGUAAGGAAGGCGGCCGUGAUUGAAGCAUAUACUAAGAUACGUUCCACUAAAGACGAAGCGUUUAUACGUCAGUUUGCGACUAUGGACGAGACACAGAAAGAAGAGAUGAAGCGGGAGAAACGAAGGAUUCAGGAACAACUGAGACGCAUUAAGAGAAACCAGGAAAGAGAAAGGCUUGCAGGAAAUGUGACAGUGCCUGGUCAAUUCCCAGGAAAUAAUGACAGUCUAAACAUGUCGUCAUCAACAGAUCUAGGUUCACCAUCGUCAGGGUUAAUUCCUUUAGGCCAAAUAAAGCAGGAGCCAGAUCUUCACACUCCUUCUAGGCGACGAGCGAAACUUAAGCCCGACUUGAAGCUGAAGUGCGGCGCGUGCGGGCAGGUGGGGCACAUGCGCACCAACAAGGCGUGCCCGCUGUACACCGGCCAGCCGGGCGCGCCGCCCUCGCCCGACCACGACGCCGACCCGCCGCCCGACCCCGACGACGACGACCUCGGCUACGUCGACGGCACCAAGCUCACGCUGCCCUCCAAGCUCAUCAAGCAAUCGGCGGAGGAGUUGAAGCGUCGCGGCGGCAUGGGGCGGCGCGAGGUGCGCGCGGCGGGCAGGACCAAGCGGCGCGGCACGGCCAGCGAGCCGUGCGACUACCUGGUGCGCCGCCCGGCCGAGCGCCGCCGCACCGACCCGCUCGUCACGCUCUCCUCGCUGCUGGAGGACGUGCUCAACCACAUGCGCCACCUGCCCGACGUGCAGCCCUUCCUCUUCCCCGUCAACCCUAAGCUAGUUGCUGAUUAUUACCGCAUAGUGUCGAGGCCAAUGGACUUACAGACCAUCAGAGAUAACUUGCGACAGAAACACUAUCAGAGUCGUGAAGAGUUUUUAGCUGACGUCAAUCAGAUUGUUGAAAAUUCUACACUUUAUAAUGGUCCAACCAGUAGUCUGACAGUGGCAGCCCAGCGCAUGUUGCAACGCUGCGUUGAAAAAUUAGCCGAGAAAGAAGAACAGCUCAUGAAACUGGAGAAACAGAUUAACCCACUUCUUGAUGAUAAUGAUCAGGUGGCGUUGUCAUUUAUAUUGGAGAAUUUAUUGACAACUAAACUGAAGGUGAUGCCCGAAGCGUGGCCAUUUGUGAAGCCUGUUAAUAAGAAGCAGGUCAAAGAUUAUUAUAAUGUUAUCAAAAAGCCAAUUGAUAUGGAAACCAUGGGCAAGAAGAUACAAGCUCACAAAUAUCAUAGUCGCGAAGACUUCUUGAAAGAUGUCCAACUGUUGGUGGACAAUUGUCGCGCAUACAAUGGGAUCAAUUCGCAGUUCACUCGACAGGCUGAGACGAUAUUGAAAGUUACUCGGGAAGCACUCGAACAGUUUGGUGAACACGUAAGCCAGUUGGAAGCGAAUAUAUCCAAAGUGCAGCAAAAGAUGCUGGAAGACGCGGAACAGUCUGAUUUGGAGUCAGAAGAUAUACCGCAGUCAUCUGAUGAGAAACGCGGGCGCGGUCGACCAAGGAAACAUAAACCUUCAACUUCGACAGGAGAUGGUGCCACUCCAAGAAAGCGCGGAAGACCCAAGAAGGAUCAGAACAGUUUGGAAGAAGAUCUUCAAUAUUCUGAUAGUGGCAGUUCAGAGCUAGAGGAGGUGGAACAAAAAGAAUCUUUGGUGGAAUUACAUGUACCUCCAGUGAAUGAUAAUAAUAUGCACGGCGAGCCCAGUUUCGACACUUCUGAGUUCCUCAAAAUCAAACGGGAAGUUCCCGACGAGCCACCGCAACAAAGCGACGACUUCGUUGAUUUGGAUCGUAGCACAGAUUAUACGUUCCCGCCCGUUGUUAAGGAGGAACCAAUUGAACCUGAUCCUGAACCUGAACAAUUGAAUUUGAACAUGGAGCAACAGCUGAUGGGUGUGCCGCCUCCAAUAGAUCCACCGCAGUUCAAAGAAGAACCACCAGAAAGCUGGCAGCCGGAUCCAGCCAUACAAGAUGAUUUACAAGUCACAGAUAGUGAAGAAGAAGCAGAGGAUGGCCUUUGGUUUUAA